AUGGCAGCGGCGGGAAUGUUGGGGCGGCGCGGGCUGGGAGCGUGUGUGAGUGGGGGCUGGGGGCGGCAUCAGUGGCGGGGAUUGGCCUAUGAGCAGGGACAGUUGAAUCCGAGCAGUCGGCGGCGAGAGUACUUUUAUUACGUCGAUCACAACGGGUUUCUGUUUCUGGACGACGCCAAAAUGAAAAACUUUACGAGCUGCUUUAAAGAUCGCGAGUUUCUCGACUUUUUCUUCAAAAGGCUCCAGGUGAACGAGACUGGCCACCACGAGCACGAGUUUCCGUUUUUAUCACCCUGUGGCCGCGAGUACAACUACGUGCGCUGUGACGACACCCCACUCGUGUUUACCCGUCUUUUGCCAGCACGACACCCCGUCAAGCAGGUCUUUGAUCUCGAUGCCGCGCUGGACGCCACUGCCACACCCGAACCCUACGUGCUUAUCUACGGCGGUCAGCUGGCCGUGGACUUCGAGCCUGAGCUCUUGACCAUGACCGACACGGGGCGUCUCUACUACCCCACACCCAAAGAGCUGCCCCUGGCCCACGUCACACCCAACACGCUCGUGGCGAGCCCGAUUGCUGUCUCGCUUGGUCGCUACAUGCGAUUUGGUGCCGAACGCACCAUUCUGCACUGGCAGGGUGAGGCCGUCGACAUUGACGUUCGCCUCGACGAGGACGACGAGACGACGAUCGGCAAUGAGGCCAACGCGAGGAACGACUCCAACAGUGGGGACCCAGCAGCCCCCGAAACCCAGCAGAAAAACCCCACGUAAACC